ACCGCUGUCCUGCUGGGCUGCCCCGCUGCUCGGAGGCGGCUCCUCUGCUCCCUUUUCCUCCUGAGAAACAGCCGCGCUUGGGCUCCUGUUUAGGAGAUGGAGCCGCGCUGCCGCCUGCCCGGCCUGCCCGGGACUCGGCUGCUCUUCCUCCAUCCCGGCACCGAGCCGUCCCCGCCGCUGAUGGCAAAGCCGCAGGGGCAAGGACCCACCCGCCCCGGGCCAGGGCGGUGCCCCCCGAGGAGAGGGCGUGCCGGGCGGGCGAGGGGCCGGGCUGGGCGCUUUCCCGACGGGUUGUGAGUCCACCCAAGAAUGGAUAAAUGUAAGCAGCCUAAUGUUAACCAGAAGACCAGCCUUGAAAAGUUCAGUCCUGAAAUUCUUUCUGAAAUUGAGAAGCUCUUUGAGAAGAAGUUUACUUACACUAAGCCAGUGAACGAUGAAUGGAAGCUGCCAGAUCCCAGCAAUGCUUUUACAUGUGAUCAUGUGGAAUUUCACUCACUCCUGGCUCUCAAGGACUCUAUGAAUGAAGUGAAGAACCAACUGAGUGACAAGAACCUGGAGGACUGGCAUCAGCACACCUCGUUUACCAAUAAAGCAGGGAAAAUAAUAUCUCAUGUGAAGAAAUCUGUGAAUGCUGAGCUCUGUACCCAGGCAUGGUGCAAAUUUCAUGAGAUCCUGUGCAGCUUUUCCCUUCUCCCAGAAGAAGCUCUUCAAGAUGGAGAACUGAAUUCUGUCCACCUCUGUGAAGCACCUGGAGCUUUUAUAGCCAGCCUUAACCACUUCUUGAAGUCCCACCAUGUCCCUUGCCACUGGAAUUGGGUAGCUAAUACUCUAAACCCUUAUCAUGAAGCCAACGACAUCCUUAUGAUGAUCAUGGAUGACCGUCUGAUAGCAAACACGUUACCUUGGUGGUACUUUGGCCCAGAUAACACUGGGGAUGUGAUGACAUUAAGACAUCUAACAGGACUUCAGAGCUUUGUGAGCAGUAUGACCACAGUCCACUUGGUAACUGCUGAUGGCAGCUUUGAUUGCCAGGGAAAUCCAGGUGAGCAGGAAGCUCUUGUCUCACCCCUUCAUUACUGUGAAACAGUUACUGCUUUAAUGAUUCUGGGCACCGGAGGAUCCUUUGUUUUGAAGAUGUUCACUCUUUUUGAACACUGUUCUAUCAACCUGCUCUUUCUGUUAAACUGCUCUUUUGAGGAGGUCCAUGUCUUUAAACCAGCCACCAGCAAAGCUGGAAACUCAGAGGCCUAUGUGGUUUGCCUUCGCUAUAUGGGCAGAGAAAGCCUUCAUCUGCUUCUUCCUAAAAUGACACAGAACUUUGGAACAGAAAUGGUCAACAAAGCUCUCUUCUCCCAGCAUACACUUCCAGAAUCAUUCCUUAAAACACAUGAAGAGUGUUGCGUGUUCUUCCACAGGUGCCAGGUGGAGACUAUCUCUGAGAAUAUCCGCCUUUUUGAGCGCAUGGAAGAAGCAGAGCAGGUGAAACUGAACAAGUUAAGAGACUGUGCAGUAGAGGUCUUCAUGCAGAAGUUCCACCUGAAACCCAUUGGCAGAAAUAACUGGCUGGUCAAGAAAUCCCAGGCUGGUUGCAGCAUGAAUGCAAAAUGGUUUGGGCAAAGAAACAAAUAUUUUAGUACAUACAAUGAAAGGAAGAUGAUGGAAACCCUGACAUGGAAUGAUAAAGUGGCAAAGGGCUACUUGAAUCACUGGGCUGAGGAACAUAGUUUAAAUAAUGCUGGGAACAUGUGUGUUCUGGAAGGAUUAUUUUCUAACCUUGAAUGUAGCUUUUGGUACAUUUUGGAAGGAAGAAGAUUGCCAAGAGUAAAGUGUUCUCCAUUUUGUGAUGUUCAGGUCUUAGAAAAUCUUAAUGAAGCUGUGAAGGAGCUGGGUGGGGGGAGGCCAAAAAGCAGAUCAAUGCUGCAGCCUUGUCACUCUUGUGAAGUUCUUCCUGGGGAGCUCAUACUGGCAAAAGUGUCUGAUCUUUCCAGGUGCCAUCAGGAAGUCCUAAAUGAAAGUUGUAGUGACCAAUUCAAGUGCCUUGUGGUGGGCUUUCCCACCCUCUGUGACACAGAAAGCCAGUCCAGUAUGGAAAUAAAGCCCAUGGACGCAGCCACGCUGCUGACUUUCAGCUUCUCUUUGCUGUACGAUGGAGAACCGAAGUACCAGCAGCAGCUUUUGGAGUGUGUUCUGCAUUCAUUGGCGCAGCUGGCAGCAGGAGAUGCCUUGGUUUUGCCUGUUCUCUCCUGCCUGACACGCUUCACAGCUGGCCUGGUAUUCAUCCUGCACCGCUGCUUCAGGAGCGUCACAUUCGCGUGCCCGACCUCGCGGGAGCCCCUGAGGAGCGGCGCUGCUCUGCUCUGCGUUGGCUACCGAGGCCUCCCCGCGCCUGUGGUGCAGUACCUGCAGCAUCUGAACGCACUCAUGACCUCUUUGCUGGACACAGACUCUCCCCAGCAGGUUCUGCAGUUCGUGCCCAUGGAGAUACUCCUCCAGGGCAAGCUGUUGGAGUUUCUGUGGGAUUUAAACACAGCCAUUGCAAAGAGACAGCUCCACCUGAUUGUGCAAGCUCAGCAGCAGCGAAUGACUAGUGACAUCCCACUUUAAAAUAAUUCUAGAACUGCAUGAGGUGUUGCUGCUAGACCUUGUUUCACAGGCAAGCAGAAGGUGUUAAAAACAAUGUUAAUGUGAAGGUAGCAUUAAUGCAAAACUGGUGUGACACUGAGGGUGCUGGCAGGAUGUUUUGAGCUAUCAGUCCUAGGUGCACCAUAUUGUAUGUGUAGGAAAUAGGAGAAAAGAAAGCCAGACCUUGAUUUCUGGCCACUGAGCUGGGUGUUUGAGGAUGCAGAAUAACUUGGAAUCUUUGAUUCAAUGGAAGCAAGGGCUGACAAGUGAGCAUAAGCCUCAGAGCCUGCUAUUACCAUCCUUAAAAACUGUCUUUUGACAUCCCUUUAAUUUACAGUUGGUUUAAUUUAAUGGUGACAUGGGGGAAAUCCUGUGUAACUUGCCUUACCAUUUUGGAUGGUAUGAAAUGGUGGUAGUUAUGGGUAUGUGUCCCCAUUUACCAUUCUUAAACAAGAGCCUUUGAAUUUUCACCUCUUAGCCUUUGAAUAUCAGCCUCUUCUUUAGCACUUCAGUGAGUGAGGACUGAGAUGAAAAUUUCCUUGCCAAAGCCUGAUAAUGGUUUCUCCAUCUCAUUCUUGCAGCUGUUUUGUGAAUGCCAUGCUGAUAUCCUGAGUUCCAGUUCUUUGUGCACUUCAGUCACUUGACAGAAGGAUCAAAUGGAGCUGUUUAUGCCAGAGAAGUGCUCAGCCUCUGGCUGUUCAUUGCUUACUCUUCAGGCAAUAAUUUGGAUUGCCAUCAAGCCCUCUCUUGUGACUUCUUAUGGGUCCAAAGCUGAGCUCAAUUCUCAAGAAUGAAAUUUGGUAAAAGAAUUAGCCAGUGGCUGUAGACACUUAGGCUUGUAACAAGCAGAGCCUUUAGGAGACAUUUAAACGCAGGAAACUUCCAUCAGCCAUGAGAGGCUCAUAACAUGUAGUUGCUGUGAUCUGCCAGCUUUUCCAUGCUAAAAAUCCUUAAAACAAAGGCUUUGAGGUGUUACCACCUGAACAAACAAUUCACCAGUUGUGUGCUGUCUGUCUUGUGCACACAAGUGUGUUCAUGUUUGUGUGGGAGCCCUCAGGGUUGUACAGCCUGAAGCUUUUGUGUUGUAAGUAAUCAAUGUGUGCUUUUGAUGUGAAGAAUGCAUAUAUUUUUUUAAGUAGAAGAAAAGAUGUUGAUUUACAUGGCUGUUGUAUAUUUUCAUUUUAUUGACAAAUGUUGAAAAUGUUAAGUUUUUUUUUUUAAAGGAAAACAACUGCUGUUUGGAGAAAAUAAAGCCUUUUAUUUUA